AUGCAUCAGCUUGCUCUAAGUGCUGCCGGACGGGAGAAGUUAUCUAAACUAUUUACAUUGAAUCCAAAAUGGACUCAAGAGACUAAUCUAACUAGCAUAGAUUUGCAGUACUUCUUUUCUAUUAUCUACGGUCAAUUCCAAGGUGCUGUACAGUAUAGCGGAGACAACAGAAAGGGAUAUGCUAAUGGUCAUGGCAUACCGGACAUGUGCAACAUCAUGACCAACGAAAGUAACACUCCCAUCGAGAACGUCGCGAAAUUCAACGAGUACAUGACAAUUUUCUACUCGGUGAGAGCGGGACUAUCACGAUUUGAACGUUACCGGAUGUCUGCAGAAGUUCUAAACGAGCGCCGUUAUUCGUUUUAUACGAGAGAGAAUAUCCUGUCGACAGGCCAUUUUAAUGUCUUCUAA